AUGGCCUCUGUGCCAGUGUUGGGGAGGGCCUCACCAGAGCGUGGGCCCCCUGACUUCCCUCCUGGCUGCUCCCUCCAGUGGAGCCACAGUGCCUAUUGCCAACUCUUUGUGGUGGUCUUUGCUGUGCUUUAUUUUCUGCUGCCCCUGCUGCUCAUUCUAGUGGUCUACUGCAGUAUGUUCCGUGUGGCCCGGGUGGCUGCCAUGCAGCAUGGGCCCUUGCCAACAUGGAUGGAGACUCCACGCCGGCGAUCUGAGUCACUCAGCAGCCGUUCUACUAUGGUGACCAGCUCAGGGCCCCCGCGGACCACCCCUCAUAGGACGUUUGGUGGGGGGAAGGCAGCUGUGGUCCUGCUGGCUGUUGGGGGCCAGUUCCUACUUUGCUGGCUACCCUAUUUCUCCUUCCAUCUUUAUGUUGCUCUGAGUGCCCAGCCCCUUCCUACACAGCAGGUAGAAAGUGUGGUGACCUGGAUUGGCUACUUCUGUUUCACUUCCAAUCCUUUCUUCUAUGGCUGCCUCAAUCGACAGAUCAGGGGGGAGCUCAGCAAGCAGUUUGUUUGCUUCUUCAAGCCGUCCCCAGAGGAAGAGUUGAGGCUGCCAAGCCGGGAGGGCUCCAUAGAGGAGAACUUCCUGCAGUUCCUUCAGGGGACUGGUGCCACUGAGCCCUGGGCUCCUCAAACCCCAAUCAGUCCAAAGCAGGAACCACCAGCUGUGGACUUCCGAAUCCCAGGCCAGAUUGCCGAAGAGACUUCUGAGUUCUUGGAGCAGCAGCUUCCUAGUGACAUCACUGUGUCAGAUGGCUACCUCCAUCCGACUCUCUCACCCCAGCCUGAACCAUGA